AUGCUUCUUCGAUCAACGGUCAUCUUCAGCCUGGCCUGCGUCGCCACGGCUCGCAAGUGCAGCGACAUCAUCGUCGACGUCGCUCUCGCAUCGAGAAACGCCGUCUUUGACCUCGACCCUCUCGAGACGGAUGAGCAGGUCACCAGCUUCUACCUCGGGCUGUCGAGGUCGGGCAACAACUACACCGAGGAGCUUCUCAAGGGAGCAGAACUCCAGUGGCAAAAUGUCCAGGGCAGGUACAAGCUCGCGACGACGUACUGCGAGCCUGACAGCGGCCCCGGCAGGGCGAUCCAGAUCAUGACGCACGGCAUCGGCUUCGAUCGCAGCUACUGGGACAUACCGUACCCGUACGACGACCACAGCUACGUGGCGCGCGCCGUCGACCAGCACGGCUACUCGACGCUGACGUGGGACCGUCUCGGGGUGGGUGCGUCGUCGCACAUCGCCGACACGGUCAACGAGCUCCAGAUCUUCCUCGAGAUCCAGGCCCUGCGCACGCUCUCGGAUCUGGCGCGCCAGGGCCGGCUCGGCGGAGCGGCCCAGCACGCCUACAGCAAGGUCGUCCACGUCGGCCACUCGUUCGGCUCCUUCAUGACGUACAGCCUCGUCAACCAGUACCCCAACAUCAGCCAGGGCGUCAUCCUCACCGGCUUCACCCAGGUGCCCAACUACCAGGGCCUGUUCGUCCUGGGCGCAAACUUCGUCACCGCCGACAGCGCCAGCCUCGCCAGCGGCCUCAGCUACCCCGCCGGUUACAUCGGCUCCGGCAGCAAGACCGGCAUCCAGACGAGCUUCUUCAGCCCCGAUGACCUCGACACCGACCUGCUCGACCUGGCUUACCACCGCGCUCAGCCCCAUACCGCUGGGGAGAUCCUGACUGUCAGUUCCGGCGGCGGCGUCACCAAUGUCUUUGCCGGACCUGUCAUGAUCCUCACUGGACGCUACGAUGUCCCCUUCUGCGGCGGCGACUGCACCGUCACCACUGCCAUCGGCGACGCGGCACCCAACCUGCUCGCCGCCUCGGCGGUCAUGUUCCCCAAGGCAUCCGUCUUCAACGCCACCAUGCCCUCCAAGGCCGGCCACGGCAUCAACUACGGCAAGUCGCACGACGAGUCGUACGAUGCCAUGCUCGGCUUCUUCGACAGCAAUGUCUAA